ACCACAGCCCCAGCCACAGCCACAGCCCCACUGAGGAGGCAGGACGGAUCCCCGACGAUCGGACUCACGGACCGGUCCUUGACAGAGAGAAGAAAGUUGAAUUUGAGAAAAGGCUCACCCUGGGCCUCAGUUUCUCUGGCUGGACAAUGGGGCCUUUGGAUGAGAUCUCUGACAUUGUGUCUCUCUGGUGCUAGGAGGUCAUAAUUCAUUCAACAAAUGUGUUCUGAGCACCUAUUGGAGCUAAGCCUGGCUCAGGGCAGCAAGGACCUAGCAAUGACAAAAGCUGAUCUGGUGUCCACAUUUACUUGGCUCACAGAUUAGGGUUGGGAGAGAUGGACAUUGUUCAUCUAGAAAAAUCCUUAUGCUUUGCUCUAAUUGCAUAAAGGUGAUGGAGGGACAGAUGGAUGAGGGGAUUAGUUUAGAUGGGGAUCUGGGGGGGCCUCCUAAAGAGGUGGCACAUGAGCCCAGGAUUGGAUGACAAGAAAGAAACAACCACAUGGAGACCUGGGGGAAGAGCAUCCUAGAAGAAGGAACAUCCCAUGCAAAGGCCCUGGGACAGGACCUCGUGUGGCACGUUGGAGGCAGGGCGAUGGACACCUUUAGCACCAAGAACCUGGUGCUCCAGGCCCAGAAGAAGCUCCUGAGCAAGAUGGCAUCCAAGGCAGUGGUGGGUGUGUUCAUUGACGACACAAGCAGUGAGGUGCUAGACGAACUUUAUCGCGCCACCAAGGAGUUCACGCACAGCCGCAAGGAGGCCCAGAAGAUGCUCAAGAACUUGAUCAAGGUGGCCAUGAAACUGGGCCUGCUUCUGCGUGGGGGCCAGCUGGGUGUGGAGGAACUGGCGCUGCUGCGACGUUUCCGCAACAGGAUGCACUGUCUGGCAAUGACAGCUGUCAGCUUCCACCAGGUGGACUUCACCUUUGACCGGCGUGUGCUGGCCGCUGGCCUGCAGGAGUGCAGGGACCUGCUGCACCAGGCUGUGGGCCCACACCUCACAGCCAAGUCCCACAGCCGUAUCAACCAUGUCUUUGGCCACUUGGCCGACUGUGAUUUCCUGGCUGCCCUCUAUAGCCCGACUGAGCCCUACUGCUCCCACCUGUGCAGGAUCUGUGAGGGCCUCAACCGGAUGCUCGAGGAGGGCAGCAUAUGAGCUCCCAGACCUCCUCCCUGCAGGCCCCUCCUUCUGCGGCUUGUCUACUGUGGGUGUCAUGGGGGCGUGGAUUUGGUGGAUUCUUUAAAAUCUUUUCUCCCAGUUGGACUCUACCAAACACCCCUGGACAGGUGACCUGUCCCCUUUGAGAGGAUGCUGAACAACUGGGACCACUGUUGCCUCUCCUCCCUACCUAGCCCAACUGGGAGAAAAAUUCAGGUCUGCUGCCUCUUCAGGGCCCACCUCUUGCCUCCAUUUGCAUUUCGUGACCUAUGCUGGCCCCAGAGUCACUUGAUGUAAGCCAAAGGCUGCAUGUCCCACUUAUGAUGUUGCCUGGGCUUUGUCAUUCCUUCAAACAAGGUCAUGACGAACUGGAUGAAAAGGAGUGUUAUAGGGUGAAUUGUGGCUCCCACAAUUUGAUAACAACCCUACCCCUAAAACCUCAGGUAGCCUUCUUUGAAAAGAGCCACUGCAGAUAUAAUUAAUUCAGAUGAUGUCAUUCUGGAGUAGGGGGUCCCUAAUCAAUGAGUGGGAAUAAAACGGAACUGUGGACACAGAUACGCACACAGGGGGAAUAGCAAUGUGAAGAUGGAGGCAGAGGUCAGAGUGAUGCUUCCACAUGCCAAAGAAUGCCAGGCAUGCCGGCCACCACCAAAAGCUAGGGGAGGCCAGGGACAGAUCCUGUCGGCCUCAGAAGGAUUCACCCUGCCCAGACUUUGAUCUUGGGACUUCUGACCUCCAGAACUGAAAGAGAAUAAAUGCCUAUUGUGUAAGCCCCAAGUCCAUGGGAUUUUGCCCUGCAAGCGCCACUUAGAGAAACUUCUGGUAGAUGCAGGUGAGUUUGGAAAGGACACCUCAAUCUGUCUGGAAACAUGCAGCCCUGAUUUCAUGUUUGGAAAACCAACAACCAGCCAAUCAUGUUGUUUUUAUGAGAUGGGCCAGAGCAAAGCUCAAGUCUUCUUGGACUUGGUGACACCUAGAAGAGGCAGUGAUUCUCAACAGUGGGGCGGGGAAGUCUGUUUGUUGUUUUGUCAGGAGGGGGCAUGGGUUCUCAAAGGUUUCAAAAUGCCACUAUGGGUCAGGAAGGUUAUUUCAGAUUGGAAGUUGGGGGGAAUGUAGUUCCAUGACUGUCUGCAGAACCAACUCUGCUGAGGGCAGAGGCCGCGAAAGGGAGCCUUAUUUGGUGAGGAGGGAGGUCUGGUUGGCCCCAUCCAGUAUUUGAGACAUGUGGAAUUUGGCUGCCAACAUUUAAGGAAUGAGGGAAUCACACAUACCAACCUGAACCCUGAAAUUGGGGUUUCUCUUGUAAACUUGCUGGCUCUGGCCACCUGCACCUACAUAGUCCCUUUUCUUGUCUCCUGCGGGCUCUACACUAACAGAUGGGAAAUCAUGACCCCAGGCUCCGGGGAGCCUUUGCAUGGUUUGGUUUCUGUUGCCCUGAAAAAGCCAAACACCUUCAUCCAAGAGCCAGCUGUUCCUACCUCAGCCCCACCCUUUAAAGGCAGCCUUCUCUUCUUAUCUCAGGCUUAGAGACACCUCUACACAUCUCCAUGUUCAAGGAUGAACCUGUGAGAAAGCCCUGAUGAAAUCAUAGGCUGUGCUGACUGAACAGAUCAAUGUGCAGUCCUGCUCCCUGCUGACCUGUCCAUCUUAUCUGGACUCUUUCAUAAGCUUGAAAUUAAAGAAAACAAACCAAAGAGCACGAUGGAACUAUUUAAACAUGCACACCUUCCACUUGCAUGGUUUGAAGCAUUAGAUGGCCCAGUGCUGCCUGACAGAGUUUUCUUGAGUGACCCUGGGCUUUGGCACCAGUGGCCCUUGUUGACAAGUUCAAUUUCUGUUCUGCCAAGUGCUGGGAUGGUGUAAUUGUCAUUUGCAGAGCGUGGCCUCUACACACCCAAAUGAGAGAAGGCUUCAGUCUUCAUCAUGACCAGAGGUCACAUGCCAGAGUGGCUUUGUUUCCGAGUUUACCUGAAAGCUACCUUAAGAUGCACAUAUACAUCAGGCAUGGUGCCUCACACCUAUAAUCCCAGCACUUUGGGAGGCCACAAUGGGAGGUUUGCUUGAGGCCAGGAGUUUAAGACCAGCCUGGGCAACACAGUGAGAUCCUAUCUCUUGAAAAAAAAAAAAAAUUAGCCAUGCACAGUGGUACAUGCCUGUAGUCCCAACUACUCAAGAGGCUGAGGCAGGAGAGUCCCUUGAGCCCAAGAAUCUGAGGCUGAGGUAAAAUAUGAUUGCACCACUGCACUCCAGCCUGGGUGACAGAGCAAGACCUUGUCUCUAAAAAUAAAGAUGCUUAUACACAUACAUUGAACAAGUGGGAGACUUACUUGUGGCCCUAGAUGCCCUGCCAUACCAGGCACACCCUGCCACCUGGUCUGCAUCUUUCCAGGGAUUUGGAAGCGAUGAACAAUUCUGGGCUGACCAGCAAAAAAUCCCAUCCCCUUGGCUGAGGUCUGGCCCAUGUGCAUUUUCCAACAGUUUUUGCACAGAAAGCCAUGAGCAAUGCUGCCAUGCUCACCUCUCAGGCCCUGUGCAGCUGCAAAGUCCAGAGUGGGAAAGGUUCCUGGUCCCAGGAGGGGCCCCUAGGAUACCAGCAACUCACUGUACCUUCCUAGACUCCAGAGCCCCACUGUUCUUGCUCUCGGGGCCCUUCCUAUGGGUGCAUGUAUCAGGAACUUCCUUAUACAGGGUGCAUGCUGGGAAGAGGUCAAGGCUGCUGGCUCUGCCCUCCGAGUACCUUCGGGCCUGGCCGCCUCUUAUCACUUUUUUUUUUCCUUUUUUUGCAGUUUUUGGCCAGAGGUGGGUUUGAACCUACCAUCUCCGCCAUAUGGGGCCAGCAACCUACCCCUUUGAGCCACAGGUGCCGCCCAUCACUCUGGUUUCUGAGAACAGUCAUUCUCCAAGCUUCUGUGCUUCUCAUCUCUAGAUCUGAAGGAGCUUCUACUCCAGGGAUGGUGGCAGGGACAGCAGAGCAUGGGCCACACUAGGCUUCUUCUAGGGGCAUGACCUCAGGCAGGUGGCCUGAUGCUCUCAGCCAGUUUCUCCUCCAGAAAGUAUUAGCAGAGCCACCUCCCAGGGCAGGGAUGAGGGAGGUGUAGAAAGGCCUCCAUCAGUGACAUCAAUGCUCAGUGGCAGCCCUGAUGCCACAGGCUGUAACUUGGGGUGGCAAGUCAGGCUGAAGGUCAAAGCUGGGGUCACACUGGGUGGGGUGGCUCACGCCUGUAAUCCCAGCACUUGGGAGGCUGAGGCAGGUGGACUGCCUGAGCUCACAGGUUCGAGACCAGCCUGAACCAGAGUGAGACCCUGUCUCUAAAAAAAUAGCUGGGCAUUGUCAUGGGCACUUGGAGUCCCAGCUACUUGGGAGGCUGAGGCAAGAGAAUCACUUGAACCCAAGAGUUUGAGGUUGCUGAGUUAAGAUGCCAUGGCACUCUACCAAGGGUGAUCAAGUGAGACUGUUUCAAAAAAAAAAAAAAAAGAAAUGGCUGGGGUCAGAAUCCCAGGCCCCAAUGCUGAGAGACCAGGUCCCUUCUGAGUGCCUGAGGCAUUGGGGGUUUUAUUUAUUUGGGUUUGCCUGUGGGUAUUUUGAUUUUUGAAGUCACCAUAACUGCAAUAUGGCUUCAAAAAAACAAUCAUAACCAACUACCCUGGUCAAGAGUACAGGUCUGUCCUGGAAUAGUCACCUGUCCUGGGCCUUUGACAAAGCCACAGGGAUGCAAGUGUGGGGACCCAGGUUCAGUGAGAGCAAGUGGCUAGUCUGUAAGAGCAAGUUCAGGGAUG